UGUUCAAAUCAAAAUGAGCAUUACCGAAAUUCGAACAACAACAUUGAGUGCACUUGACACAACGGCAGACGUACUUGCAUUCGAAACACCAUCAUCGCCAUCGUGCACAACAAAUUGCAAUUAUCUAACCUCAACCUCAACCUCGACCGCAUCACAUAAUUUGAUAAAUGCACCGAACCAAGCGAACCAUUUCGUUUUACACUUCAGUUGGUUCGAUUAUGGAUUCUUUUUGGGGUUGCUCGGACUAUCCACAUUGAUCGGCAUUUACUAUGGAUUUUUCUCAAAACAUAAGCAAAACAAUCCAAAUGAAUAUAUAUUGGGUGGGCGAACGAUGAAAAUUUUACCCGUUGCAACAUCAUUGAUUGCUACCCAUAUAUCUGGUCAAACACUGGUCGGAUUACCCACUGAAAUCUACUCAAAUGGAACACAGUACGUGGUUUUUGUGAUUGUUGCCACACAGUUGGGCUUGUCUUUAACAUACGUCUUUUUGCCAUUGUAUCACAAUCUCGGUGUGACAUCGAGUUUUGAAUAUUUGGAACGACGAUUCGAUCGACGCAUUCGACUACUUGCCAGUUUUGUCUAUACCACAAAAUACAUUCUCUUCAUUCCACUCGUUAUCUACGUACCAGCGCUUGCAUUUAGUCAAGUGAGCGGAUUGAAUUUACACUAUGUUACGCCGGCCAUUUGUGCGAUAUGCGUUUUUCAUACGACCAUUGGUGGGCUCAGAGCCGUUGUGUGGACGGAUUUUAUGGUGAUGCUGGCGGCAAUCAUAAUAAUUAUUCUAUUGGGCACAAACAACGUUGGCGGUUUUGCAAAUGUGUGGUCAGCUGCCGAACGUGGCGGUCGCUUGAUUAUGUUCAACAUGGAUCUCAGUCCAUUUGUACGAACAUCAUUCUGGACACUUUUAUUCCAUUUAAACAUAAAUUUUGCAUCGCAUGCAUGCGUUGGUCAAACAACUGUUCAACGAUUUUUAUCCCUACCCGAUCUAAAAGCAGCCAAAAGAUCAGUCAUAUACUUUGUGAUUGGCAUAACUUUGCUAAACUUUGGCUUAAAUGCUGGCAAUUCUCGGAUUACUUAUAUAGUGCCGUACUAUAUCGUUCAAAUCGGACAAGAGAUACCGGGUUUGGCCGGUCUUUUUGUAGCUGGCAUUUUUGCAGCCGGCAUUUUUGCAGCCGCCUUAUCAACAAUGUCAUCGGCCAUAAACACAUUGGCCGGAACUAUUUAUACGGAUAUUUUUAAAGAUUGUUUUGGCGCUCAAACGGAAAAAGAAGCGAGUACCACAAUGAAAUGGAUAUCAAUCGGGCUGGGUGUUUUAAUGACGCUUCUGGUAUUUCUGGUGGAAAAAAUGGGCAGCGUUUUUCAAAUUGGCACAACAAUUGGCGUCAUAUUUGUCGGAACGUUUUUCGCAAUGUUCGUUCUGGGUAUGACAAGUCGAUCGGCCAAUUCAAAGGGUUUAGUGGUUGGCGUUGUUGUGUAUUUUAUAUUGUUGCUGGUGAUGAUGAUCGGUGCACAAAUGAAUAAUAUCGCAAAAGAACCAACGCUACCCGUUCAAAUUGAUGGAUGCCCAAAUAAUUUGUAA